AUGUCGUCAUCGACUGAACCGAAACCACCUAUGAAUGAAGAGGAUGGAACGGAAAAAGCGUAUAAUGUUGAAGAAGAUGAUGUAUCCGAAACGGAUCAUUUUUCACGUGUUAAACCACAUCUUUUAAAAACACCAAGUAUUUUAAAUGCUAUUGUUGAUCAAAUACAUCCGGAUAUAAUAGCAAAAUCGCAUCAAUCUAAUUUUGUUUUAUUUCCACCAAAAUUAGAAGGUUGUACGGUUGUUGAUCUUGGUUGUGGUGUUGGCCGAGAUGUUUUUAUUUUAUCAAAACUUGUUGGAGAACACGGGCGAGUUAUUGGAAUCGAUUCAGAUAAAGAUCAAGUCGGUGAAAUGGAUAUUAUAAAUCAUACAACCAAAGAUGUUUGUAAAUUAAAAUAUUUUCAGUAUAGCUAUUUUUCAAAAGAUGUUCCACGUAAAGUAACCGGUGUUGUAACUGAUUCAAAUGGUCAAGCUCGAUGGGUACUAUCAGGUACAUGGACAGAAAAGAUUGAAGGUGGUCCUGUAGAAGCAACAUCAGGUCGUCAUACACAUUCUCAUCAUAUGGAAACUCAUAAUAUGAAAGUUUUAUGGCAACGUCGAAUGCCACCAGCAUAUCUUGAAAAAAUGUAUAAUUUUACUGAACUUGCUAUUGAAAUAAAUGAAGAGGAACCUGAUGUUGCACCAACGGAUUCUCGUCGUCGUCCUGAUCAACGUUUAAUGGAAGAAACACAUUGGGAUGAAGCAAAUCAAGAAAAAUUACGUCUUGAAGAAAAACAACGAGUAGUACGAAAAAAUCGUGAAGCACAAACAGGUGGAGUUGAUUUAUAUAAAUCUAAAUGGUUUAAAAAACAAUAUGAUCCACUUACGGAUUCGGAAAUGUAUAUGUAUACAAAUGAAUAUUGGGAAUGAUACAAGAUUGGAGAAAGCUAUUCUCGUAUCCGUAUAUUUGAAUUUACUGAUUAUUCCGAUGUUAAAUUUCUUAAAUUCAAUAUAUAUGAUCCAGCAAUAAUAGCUAAUUGGUCGCUUACUGUUGAUACCGAUGGAAAAUGUAACAAUUAUUUUCCGAAUAUUCAUUUUUAUCUUCAAUAUAAUGCUUAUCCAUUGAUUGCUCCACAGAAUGAAUCAUUUCCUGAUACAUAUAUAUCUACUCGUCAUGAUCUAAUCACAACCAUAUUUAAUCGAACAAUAUCCAAUGGAACAAUUCAAUUAGAUAAUCCAUUAAGAGGAACAUGGUUUGCUAUGAUAUUUGUUGAGCGACCACCGAUUAAUAUCAAAUCUAGAACAUCUUCAAGUAGUUGUAAUAUUUAUCUAACAAGUUGGCUUAAUUAUCUAACAGUACCGGUUUUAUUAACACUAACUACUGACCAACCACUUCAGAUUAUUUUGUCUAAUUACACAACAAUUGUUUAUGCAUCAUAUUAUACAACAAUAGGUAAUUCUCGAUUUACGAUUCUAUCUGAAUGGUCUUCUAACUGUGAUUUAAUUAUUCUCACUCGAAUCAAUGGAUUACCAAACUCUUCUCAAUAUGAUUAUCGCACUGUAUGUAAGAACGGCACAUGUUCGAUAGAAAUUGAUCAAAUAGCUGCACAUAUUUGGAUCUAUUUUCAAAUCUCCAUAACUAAUUUAUCAUGUAUAAAUAAUCCUAUUCAUGGUAUUAUGAUUAUUCGUGCAACAGAAUGUUCCUUUCAUUCAAAUAAUAACAAUUGUAUUCAAUCUUAUCCAACACGACGUAUUAUGUUUAAUUAUUAUUAUGAUUAUUUAUAUGUAUCAAGUUAUACAAAUAAUAGUAUUAAUACAAUAGUAUUAGAUAGAAAUAAUCUAUCUAUUUAUUCAUAUGAAUUUAUUGUUGAUGAUAGAAAUAUUGGUGGAACAAUACAUUUGGAUUUUGAAACUCAUAUUAAAUCUUCUCUAUCAUCAAAUGUAACUGUUAAUAUUCUUGGAUGUUUAUCAAAAAAUCAACCACGUCGAUAUAAUAUAUGUGAAAAUGAUUAUAAAAUUCUUAUUGAUAAAAAUUCAUCUACAAUUCGAUCAUUACCUUAUCCAGAAAUGGCUCUUUGGUAUUUAACAUUCGAAUAUAUUUGCAAUGGUUCAAAUAAUGAAUGUGAUAAUAGAUCAAUGUCGAUUACAUUUCAAAUUUCAUCAUCACAAUGUACUCGACAAAAAUGUGGAUUAUAUGGAAUUUGUAGAAUAAUAACAUCACCACAACAAAAUAUGUAUUCUACUUGUGCGUGUGUUGCUGGUUAUCGUGGCUAUGGUUGUACUGAUAAUACUUAUGCUCGUGUAUCAAGAUAUUUACCAAGUGUACUUUUUUUAACACUUAGUAAUUUAAUGUUUAUACCUGCCAUAAUCUUAGCAAUUUAUUAUCGUUUAUAUAUUGAAGCACUGGUCUAUUUUUUCAAUAUGUUUUUUUCAACUUUUUAUCAUGCCUGUGAUCAAGAAAUUCGUAGAUUUUGUAUAUUUAAAUAUGAUGGUUUACAACUAUCAGAUUUUGUUACUUCAUAUUCAUCAUUUAUUAUAACAUUAAUUACAAUGUCAAUAUUAUCACGAUCAAUAAAAGCAUUUCUUUUUAUAUUAGGGAUAUUACUAUGUGUUGUAUUUAAUUCACGUGAUCGAUUUGAUAAUAUACAAUUCAUGACUUUACUUAUUAUUACAUCUGGUUUUACUAUUUUAACAUGGAUUGUUGUUUCAAUAAAAGAACGUCGUAUACAACCAUCUUGUAAAAAACUUCUAUGUAUUGCACCUGGAUUUGUAUUAUCAAUUGCAGGAAUUAUUCUAUUUGUAUUUGUUGCAACAGAUGAUAAUUAUUGGUAUACACAUAGUUUAUGGCAUAUAUUUAUGGCAAUUUCAAUUCUGUUUUUUCUUCCACAGAGAAUCGGACAAAAGAAACGAAGCAAUACAUCUACUGAACUAAAUACAGUUACAUCUGCCGGUAUUAUAAAUGAAGGAGUACUAUUACCAGAUGUUGAAAUAAACAAUCAAAUAGAUAUAAACAAUACUUCUACUACAGCUUAA